ACGCGACCGGAAGCGGCGGCUGCGGCGAGCGGAAGCGAUGGAGCCGGCCAAGAUGGCGUCUCCCAAGAGCGCGCCCAAAGACGCGCAGGUAAUGGCGCAGAUCCUGAAGGACAUGGGCAUCACCGAGUACGAGCCGCGCGUCAUCAAUCAAAUGCUGGAGUUCGCCUACAGGUAUGUGACCACCAUUCUGGAGGAUGCCAAAAUCUACUCCAGCCACGCAAAGAAGUCCAGCGUCGACGCCGACGACGUCAGGCUGGCAAUCCAGUGCCGCACUGACCAGUCCUUCACCUCUCCACCUCCCAGGGACUUCUUGUUAGAUAUUGCAAGGCAGAAAAACCAGACGCCGCUGCCGCUCAUAAAGCCUUACUCUGGACCCAGGCUCCCUCCUGACAGAUACUGCCUGACAGCUCCCAACUACAGGCUCAAGUCCUUGCAGAAGAAGGUCUCUUCCUCUGCAGGAAGAAUCACAGUGCCUCGCCUGAGCGUUGGUGCUGUGAGCAGCAGGCCCAGCACUCCCACCUUAGGGACCCCUUCAGCACAGACAGUGGCUGUCUCCACAAAGGUGGGCACCCCGGUGUCGCUGACGGGGCAGAGGUUCACUGUGCAGAUCCCCUCCUCGCAGGCAGCCGUCAAGGCAGCUACACCAACUACUCCAACAGUGCAGAAUGUUCUCAUCAACCCUUCGUUAAUCGGCCCCAAGAACAUCCUCAUCACUACCAACAUGGUGUCCUCACAGAGCACAGCCUCUGAGCCCAACCCCCUGAAGAGGAAGCACGAUGAUGAUGAUGACUAUGACACCUUGUGAAGAGACUGCCCCAGCCUCUCCUGGUCUCCAGUGAUUCACACUGAGGCCCGUGGGGGUUCUGCCAAGAGUAACCAGUGUGAGCAUGUGGCCAUACUCUGUUCUUCCUUGGGCAGCUGUGGAGGGGGAGAGAGCACAGCUGGUGGAGAGAAAUCAGUGCCUGAGCUUUCCCUGUGGCACAUAAUGUCCUUAGAACCUC